AUGCCAGUCCGACACACUUCAGUUCACUCUUCAACAGGAGUGAGGGUUAAUUUAGAAAAGUAAUUUUUGGACUCCAUUGAAAAACAAACCAACAUCCUGAGCCUGGCCUGUAGACCUUAACUGGACAAGGGUACAUUUGUGAAGUCACAGGUUCAAAUCUUUCUCUUCUUUCUUCAACCUGAGCGCGGACACGGGUGUGCGUCCCGGCUGUGUUCUCUGGACUGUACCAGCGAUGAUGGACCAGGCACUGAGAUGAGCAGCGGGUGGUGUGGGGCUGCCAGGGGCGCAAGAAGAGGUCUGGACGCUUAGGCCACAUGAUGAGAUAGGGCCAAGACUGCCUCCUCUGAGUUCUGGUGCCCACUGAACCCCAUCUUCCAGCAUCAGUGGGAUGUCCCAGGUGUGUCUCCUCUUGGCCUGGCUUGCGCUCUGCAGCUGCACAAAGGUCUCCUCUAUUAACUCCUUGGAGCUUGUGAAGGAGCAGUGGAGCAGUUACAAGAACCAGUGCCUGGACCACCUUAGCACCACGCCCCCCGCCACAGGGCUGGUGUGUAACAGAACCUUUGAUCUAUACGCCUGCUGGCCUGAUGGACUCCCAGGAACCAUAGUCAAUGUAUCCUGCCCAUGGUUCCUGCCAUGGUACCGGAAAGGUUUGUAUGGUCUGGUCUACAGAAUCUGCAAAGAAGAUGGUCAGUGGGCACAGAAGAAUACCAGUGAAUGUGAGGAUGACCCUGGCGAGGUGUGUACACAGCAGUAUGGACGCAUCCUCAAUCACUUACGGAUCAUGUAUACAGUUGGCUACUCUCUCUCCCUAGGAGCUCUGCUACUGGCCCUGGGAAUCCUCAUCACCUUCAGGAAGCUCCACUGUAUGAGGAACAACAUCCACAUGAACCUGUUUUCCUCCUUCAUCCUGAGAGCCGUGUCCAUUCUGGGAAAAGAUGCCCUGCUAACCCUCACACUGGACUCCAGGAGCAGCAGCAACAGCCAGACACAAGGCUGGGUCAGCACCCCGGCAGUGAUAUGGUGUCGUGGUGCAGUGGUGAUGAUGCAGUACACCGUGAUGGCCAACAACUACUGGCUGCUGGUGGAGGGCAUCUACCUUCACAGCCUGCUAGUCAUCACUGUGUUCAGCGAGAGGAAUUACUUCUACAUUUACCUGGCCAUUGGCUGGGGCGCACCACUCAUAUUCGUGCUGCCCUGGAUAUCAGUGAAAUACCUUUAUGAGAACGAGGAGUGCUGGGAGAGGAAUAUUAACAUGGGAUACUGGUGGAUCAUCCGUUCUCCUAUACUGUUCGCUUAUCUGAUUAACUUCUUCAUAUUCAUCCGAAUUAUCAAAAUCCUGAUGUCUAAACUCAGAGCUCAUCAGAUGAGAUACACUGACUACAAGUUCAGAUUAGCAAAAUCCACUCUGACUCUCAUCCCCCUGCUGGGAAUUCAUGCCAUCCUCUUCACCUUCGUCAUCGAUGAGUCCGUCCCCAAAGGCUCCAUGCUGCGCCUCAUUCGCCUCUUCUGUGACCUCCUGUUCAACUCCUUCCAGGGCCUGUUGGUUGCCAUCUUGUACUGUUUCAUCAACAAAGAGGUGCAGUCAGAGAUGCUGAAAAAGUGGAAGAGGUGGAAGCUGGGUAAAGACAUCGACGAGGAGUAUCGUCACACCCACAGCCACACGCCACAUGUCAAGAGCGGCAGCAUUGUCACCGGCAAUCAGCCUGACCUCCAUGACAACAAUGCCAGCAACUCGCCUCAUCUCCACAGAGCUGACAGAGGCCCUCCCUGCCCUGUGGCGCUGGAGGAGACCCGCAGACUGGUUGUAUCCUACAGGAACGGGACUGGGAAAGGCAGGUCUGCCAAGAGCAAACACACAUUGUUUUUCUCUACGCUGCUGCAUCGAGGACCUGCCAGCCACGCCAGCACCACCACAGAGGAUGUGUGUCUGGAAGAGAGGCCCCGGUGCAGCUCAGGUCCUCUGGAAGGGGUCAAGACUGAUGUCUGAGGACAACGUGGUCUGGUCAGAUUGUCACGUAAGCUGUCACUGGCUGUGCUUAUCAUUGUUUCAGAUCAGCAUUUAUCAUGUGUCACCAAGCCUGAAUGCGAAUGGGGAGAAUGAGGAAAUGACCCAUGGAUGAUGUGCCCAGCUGCAAAUGAAUAUUUAUUGCUUUUGGGACCUUGAACAAAAAAGAAAUUACUGAGUUCUGACAUCAGGAAUGAUUAGGUGUUGUGUGUGGGUGGGUGGGGGGUACAGAGAACUGCCUUACCAACACUGAAUUUCCGCUCAUCUUUCCAUUUGUACAGCUGUUGUUGUGAGUCAAGCUUAUACCUCCCAGUGUCAGUGUUUUUUUCCUCAUAGUUUAAUGGACCUGAAUGUGGACUGCAGGUGACUGCUGUUGUUUUGGCUAUGCACACUGUCGUUCUUACAAGGGUGAACAAUUCACUGGAGACACCUGACUCUUCAUUACACAGUGCUAGCCAUGCUGAGACUGCCUCAUAGAGGAUAGAUGAUUUUAUCUUCAAGACUGUGCUACAGUGUUUAAAUUAUUCUGGUUUCCAAUGACCAAAGCCAAACAAGAAAAUAAAAAUAUACUAUGGUGGGUUUAACUUCAUCUUGGUAAAGCCAUCUUCUUUGAUGCACAUUCCUUUCCUCUCUUGUUUUCUGUACCAUAUCUGUCCUCUGUUUUAAACAGGAAUUCCUAUCUAAAUGUAUAAGCAAAAUAAUAUCAAAAGGUAUAUACUGUAUGUUAUUAAUAAUGCAUACUACUGUAUGUCCACAGCACUUGUAUUUAUCCAGUGAGUCUUGAUUUGCGUUCUUACAGGCUCAGAGCAAAAAUUUUAUACAUGUCACUCUGCACUUAAUUAGAUGGAAAAUCUGUUUGGCAAAUGUGAUUUUUGGUGUUUUACAUACAGGUAAUUGGAAGAUGCUCCAGAUCACCAUCAUCACAAUGCUGUCAUUGUUCAUGCAGCCGCACAUUUAUCCAGUCCUACAGCUUAUAAAGAAUGGAGGCAAACAGAAAAUGACAGAGUUUAUGUGUGAAAUCUACAGCCUGAACAGAGAAACAGAGAAAAGUCAUUUUAUGUGCCUGGAAGGUUUUUAAAGAGAAGGUGUUGCUUUUGCAUAACCUAAUGUUUGACUAUUUUGUGAUGCACAAAGUAACACAUUACCAGCAGAGGAACCACCUGAUUUUAUUUUAAAUUGGAUCAGGAUUGAUAUUUGAUGAUGCAGUAUGCAAAAUGUGCGACACAGAACCACUUCGUUUUGGGUUCAGGAAAUGAACAAAUUUCUUGAUCAGACAGAAAAAUGACAGAAAACUAAUAUUUUGUUUGAAGUUAAGCAAAUGUAUUGUACAGUGUAAAUGUAGAUUAAAAAAAAUGAAUAUUAUAAAAACAGAAAGGUAGGUGAAUGUGGAUGUUGUUGUGUGUCUUUGCUUGCAUUCAAUGACUGAAAAAUGAAAACGAACGUAAGUGAUUAUCUUGAGAAAAGACCGUGUUUUACAAAAUGUGAGUGUAUCUGUUGCAGUUAUGUGCAGGGGUCUAAAGCUAACAGUGUCACAAGAGGAAGCAAAUUGGUUUAUACAAAUGCCAGAUUGUUGUGUCUCAUAUGUCUCCGUGGAUCCAAUUAAACUGAGCUCUG